UUUUCAGAAUACACACAGUUUUCACACCAAGAAUACACAGACAUAAAAACAAUGGGCUCAUCUGAACAGUCUUUUUGGAGGUUUGAUUCGCCGUUGAUAUAUUUAUUUGGUGGGAUUGCUGUAAUACUUGCUCUGAUAGUCGUGGCGUUGAUAAUUCUGGCGUGUUCUCAACGGAGGCGGCGAUUGGAGGCCAACGGUAGUGGAGACAUCGAAAGUGGUGGUGAUGAUCAGAAGGCAGCGAAGGCGGUGUACAACGGUGGCGAAGGAGCAGAUGACACACCCAAAAUCGUCGUGAUUAUGGCCGGAGAUGAACUUCCGACGUACUUAGCAACACCCACCGACGUCACUUUCAGUGACACCACCACCCAUGUUUCUAACUAAUGAAUCUAGGCGUUUCCCCGGAGAUUGUAAAUUCCGAGGAGCAAAAAUUUUGAGUCUGAGUCCACCAAUUUUGUUUUUGUUAUCGUUUUUUUUUUUCGGGAAUAUGUAUCUUAGAGAAAUGAGUUUAUCUCAGAGUUUGAAUGGAUGAAAUGUUCAAGAGCAAUUGUAUAAUCUUAAAUUUGUAUGAGCUUUUUGUUGUGAUUC